AUGCCCCGUGUUCCCAUGAGAGGGGAGGUGAUUGAGGUUAAGAAUCUUGAGGAGGUUGUUAAGUUGUCCAAGGAGCAACUGAUUGGAGCUAAGCUUGUUGUGUUCAGUCCUGAGAUUGAUAAUGUUGGAAAUGUACAGGAGAAGUUCGAAGGAGAUGAUGUUAUGAAUGUGCAGAUCUGCUACAAGAAGGUUACUUCAAUCAUCAAAGUGUCUUUGACUCGCAUGGUUACCACACUUGCGGAUGAUGGCAACUUAACCAAAUCUAUUCAAAUAUAG